GCGGGUCACGAGACUCAACAAUCACUUCUGGCCCUGCACCAGCUUCCGCUUUACUCCACACCUUCCAUCCUCAUACGGAAGAUUCUAGUCGCCCGCUAAAUCGCGCCUAUCAUUGUGCUUGUAUCUUGCCCAUCACUCCAUGACAAAAUCAUCGUGAAGAGAUUCUGUGCGCUGUGAGCACAAUAACUCACAUUAAGGACAUGAAAGACGCUACGUGAUUACACAGAUAUUAGAUCAUGCUCACAGCCAAAAUGCCUUCAAUCGGCUACAAGUGGAUAACCGGUCGACUAACCCCACCUGUACCACGAUUCAGACAAGCACGCAAGAGAUGGGCCCAUUAUCCCACGCCUUGGCGCUGGCUCGGCCAUCACCCUGGCGCGGUCCAGUCUGAGCAUCCCAGUCCUCGGAGGCUCGGAGCAACCAUCGGAGAACCAAACUUUGUCGGCCGUGGAAUUGCCAUUAGUCGACUGUUCAACGGCUGUACUCUCGUCCACUGCUCGCCUCAGCUCCUUCAGAACAACUCCUCCUUCAGCAGCGAUCGAGCACCCACUAGCCGGAAGUCCAGCCACAUUAUCGGAGUUGUCCUCAAGAGACUGCCACUACAUCAAAGAGAGAAACUCCACAUCUUCUUAGAGCAGGGUACUUCUUCCUACUACAAUAAAGCGUAUUAAGAUUAAUGUAGAUAUUAAAUAGAAAUCUAGAAGUCUACAAUACUAUUAGUC